UUCUCCUUUAAGUACAUAGGGCAAUGAUUUCAAUGUGAAUUGUUGGUGAUCUACGCAUCAGACGAACAUCUUUGGCAUCCCACUCACUAGCCAACUUAACAGGGGAAAAAAAAACACUCAGAAAGCAUGUCUUGCUGAUUACCAUUAUUAUUUUAAUAAGCAUCUAUGCAUUUACCUUGACCUCAUGUAGUUUUGCUGUCGGAUGAAUUAGUCCAAAAGGUACCACUGAAAAUUAUACUAUAACAUGCUAAAUUAUAAAUGACACUUCUAUUUGACAUAGCAGUCAAAUAGUCAUAACAGUUUAUGAUCAGUCAUUGCUGUUAAUUCUAAAUACAUGAGUACCUAUGUCUAUCUGUUUUAAAUCUUAGUUUUUAUUUUUGUACCCAACCAGUUGGACUAGUACUGGAUUCAUAUAUUCCUAAAGCUUUAAAUCUGAACACCUGCCACUUUUGCUUGAGCAUCGAAAUGUUUACAAAUUUCAGCCACAAGUCACAAUAAGAGCCAGUUGCUCCCUCUAGUGUUCAUUUAUGAUCAGCAACAGUUUAAUUUACCAGUUCUGUACAUUUGUUAGUUUAUACUUAAAUUUACUCAUCUUACAGUAGGGUCUUUUCAUAUUUUGUCAGUGGUUUUUAAACGGUCCGAUUAACAAAAAAUAAACAGUUUCUGUGUAAAAUCCAUUAAACUGUUAAUGUUCAUUUAUAGAUUAUUCAUUGUUCACACUAUUAUUAUUAUUAUUAUUUUGUUUUUUUUUUCAAAUUGUAAUGCAUAUAAAUUAACAUUAAUUUAGAGAACUUAUCCACAUGUUAUUACAUGUUAAAAGUGUAUGUAAAAAAUUAACAUACUUAGCUUAACACUAAAGGCUGUAAAAGUAUUGUUAAUUAGGUUUAUAAUACCUAAUACAAGAACAAAAACGCUGGAAGCAUGGAAUAUUUAUCUGCAAUCUGUUGAAAACUAGUCUAAAAUUCAUUAUAUCGUUUGCCAAAGAUUAAGAGCUUUACGAUCAACAGCUACAUGUUCAACGACUCAGGUAUUUUCUAAACAAACAGGAGAAAGAGAACGUAUCUGAGAAAAUAAGAAUCCGUUAGAUUGGGUGAGAAUAUUUCUAAAACUUGGUUCUGGAUUGAGCCUUGUGACAUCUGGCGCCAUCUUCGGGAAAGUUGACGUAAUGAAAUGACAAAACCAGAGGUGUCCAAUAUUUGUCUACAGCCAAAGGCAUACUUCAAAAGGGGUUUCCUGUUCUACCACCACAGUAAUCAUUCAUACUAUUUAGUGACAUUUAAAUAAAUUUACCUUACGUUUAAAAUUCAUUUACGAACGUGUGCUAAGUUAAUGUACUCUAUCGCUUUAAAUCAUACUAUUGUGAAUAUUUUACUGUCCACAUCAAAUAUGACUGCAGGCGCUUGAGAGAUACACAAGAAUGUGGCUUUGGCCAAUCACAGCGUAGAAUAUGAUUACUGACAAACUGUUCAUCCAAUCAAAUUCAACAGUGGGCGGGGUUUGCGUGAAGUUCGGGAUAGUGAACUACACUCAGUUUGCCUUACUCGACUUCACGACAGGAUAAUGAUAGGCAACGAAACCGUUGAUUAAUUCACUCGCGUGAAUGCAAAUAAAGCAGCGGAUAAAGUGUCACGUUUUUUAGAAACAUAAAAAAACCUUACUUCUGCGUCCGACGAAGGAAUAUAUGGUUAUACUCACGUCCAUUCGACCAGUUAAACUGUUAAAAUUGGGGAGUUUUCCACGCAAAAUGUUUAUUGCCCGACGACGGUUCCUUUGCGCGUGUACAGCUUCAUCUGAACAAAUCGGUCUUAUGGAUACUAGAAGAUGUGAAAGAAAUGUUCUUGUUUUAUAAUGUGUCCCGGAGUCUAUUGAAUAACUGGCUGACGUGGGGAUCACGCAGGGGGGCUGGCCGAAAAAGGAGAGACACAGGCGGGCAGAGGGGCUGCGCCGCCGCGCGUCUGGGAUUACAGUAAACACAAUUUGUUUCUUCAGUAUCCUAAUAGGCUUUGAUGAGAUAAUGCAAUCGCAGGCAUAUAAAACGCGAAGGAAACUAUGUAGUUUGUAUUUGUGUAGGGGUUCUAAGACGCCCGGACUGACCACUGCCUAUAAGUUUAUGGAUGUUUACGUCAGUAAAUGAUUUGGAAGUUUGUAAAGUUUGUGAAGGCCAUCAACCACUGCUGUAUGAACUUUGUUUUUACUAUCUGAUGCAUUUUAUGAGUGCUGUCUAAGAUGGUUGAGAACAGAUGCUUUGUUCAGAGAGAGGAGGUUUACCGCUGGUUCUCCGUGUUGAGUUCGGCGCAGAGGGCUGAGUUCCUUUGCGGCCUUUUGGACCUCUGCGUUCCCAUUGAGCUGCGCUUCCUCGGUUCAUGCUUGGAAGACCUAGCCCGAAAAGACUACCACUCUCUGAGGGAUGCAGAAAUCAAAGCCAACAACCCGGCUGACCUCGCUAACCUGACCAACAUCACGGAUGAGAUCGUGAGGAGUAAGCUGCUCGUCUCUCUCGCUCUCCUCAGCUCGGACAACCGCGUAGCGGCGGGAGUUUUGUUUCGGACCCUCACACACAUAGACACCAUCAUUAAUAACUACGGACUUCAGCUUAACGAUGGCCAGACGGGAGAGCAGUUUUUACUCCUCUUCACCAUGGCUUCGAACCAUCCCGCCUUUAGUUUUCAUCAAAAGCAGGUGCUGAGGCAAGAGUUGACACAGAUCCAGGAGAUCCUACAGGUGACAGUUGGUGAGGCGUCGCCGACGUCACACGGGGGCGGGGCCAGCGCUGCUGCUCUCCCAAACGUGAGCGCGACCCCGACCUUCUCUUCCUACAUCACAACAUCCACCUUCAACUCCUGCCAGGCCGGAUGUCCGUGCUGCAAGACCGUGCAACGAGAGGUCACAGGAGGUCAGACUGAUGAAGGCUUGGGUCCUGAGAUCAUGGCGCCAAGUCCAUCACUCUUGUGCCAGGAAAUGCCACUCAAAGUGCAUGUCGGAAAACCCAGCAAAGUGUAUGUGGAAAGAAUUGAACUGAGAGGAGUUACACCCAAAUCAGACAAACCAACAGAAUACAUCCUGGAGGCCUUGUGGUCCGACUCCACUUUGUCGACUGUCAGCAAGACCCCUCAGGAAGUGGUGGAGUUCAUCUCCCAGCUCUCUCAGCUGUUUCCUGAUGAAUGUCUGGAGAAGCUUCUACCCCAAAUGCCUGGAAUUGAUUCCACUCAUGAACUAGAUCCACGAUGCUUGACCUCCCUUCCGCCUCAAGUUCUCAAACAUGACAAAGUCCGUUUCUUCUUCAGCACUUCACCUGCACCUCAGCUCCCUACUAGCACAAAUCUGGGCUGUCUGCUUCAGUACAGAGGAGCGAGCAGGCCUGUUUGUGGUGUCGCCAGCAUCCAGCCUGUCCUAAGCGUCCAUGCACCCCACCCGCAGAGCUCCCCUGCCCACCUGCCCCCUCUCCCUCCUCAGACAGCAGUGGCCAUCCUCCCUGGCACUCCUGUACCCAUAGGGGAGGCCAGCCCACCACAGACGCACCUCACAAACCCAGCACCCCAGGUCCAGUCCCAGCAGCCAAGCCCGGAGCAAAACGGCAUCCUGGACUGGCUUCGUAAACUCCGGUUGCAUAAGUACUACCCCGUCUUCAAACAGCUAACCAUGGAGGAGUUCCUCGCUCUCACAGAAGAGGAUCUUAACAAAUACGACCUCACUCAAGGGGCCAAGAAGAAACUAAAGACUCAGCUGGAGCUUCAGAAAGAGAAGCUGGAGAAGAGAUACGUGGUGUCACAGUUUCCUGUUUCCUGUGGUGGGGUUGCCAGAGUGACCCCUUCCAGUCAUAUCGGACCCCUGACACACGCACACUCUGGAAGUGAGCUACGAGUGGAUGUUGAGAACAGCUCGUUGCCCAUUCCACGGGACAGCAGUUCCUCCUCAGGCUAUUCCAGUGCUCCUUCCAGUCCAAUGACCCCUUUAUCACGUGACACUUCCUUCGACCGGGUCAAAGACCCUCACAGACGUCUAUAUCUCCUUUCAGGUUUAGAGUCUGGUUUGGAUCCUGGUGAGAAAGAGCGGUCGUGCUUUCUCCUCAAUCCUGCGGUAUCCACCGGUCCCAGCCGUCCCACCGCCCAAGUCCUCCCGGUCCAAAACGAUCCCUCUCUCUGCCCCUCCCAAAUGAGUUUGCCCCCUCCAUCCUUGCCCCUUCUCUCCCCAGGCCGUGUUCUCAACUCUCCCCGCAAACCUCGUCCGCCCCCUCUUUGUUCAGAAGAACGUCCCAAACAGAUGGGGUCUGGGGUCACUGUCGGUGUACGGCUUGAGAACAUCUUCCCUGGGUUGAAUCUUGACGGCUCUUCGGGGCACCAGGACGUGUCAGGCCCCCGUGGGCCCCUCACAGUGCUUCGCUCCCCACCGGGUCUCAUGGUGGAGACCAGCACUGCUCUCACCUCCACGUCUAACACCCUCCAUCAUGUUUCCCACCCUCCUUUACAUUUACAAGUGUCGUCUUCUGUUCCACGCACAGGAUCGUACCCUUUCUCCACCCCGUCCUCCUGCCCGUCAUCGAAUUCUUCCACCAGACCCUCCUUCUCUCCUGUAAGUGGAGUCCCUAUAGCAACAGCCAGUAACGUCCCAAUGGCGGCAGUACCUGGAAACACCUACUGCGUAAACAGUACGCCUGCGGUCGCGCCGAGUUCUAGCCCAGCAUCCACUGAGAAUAGCGGCUACGCCUCAGUGCAAGCAAACAGUGCUAACUCCAGUUCAUCACUGUGCGUUUGUAGCUCUUGCGGGUGUAGCGGGAACUGUGGCUCCUACGGAGCGCUUCCGGCUAGCUACGCCGGAUACUUUCCACAUCCAUUUUCUGGAACGUCAGUAUUCACAUUAGGGCCUUUGCUUCAUUUCAGCCCCCUCCUUACAGGAAGUGGUACUGCCUCCCCCUUUUCCUACCCCCUGGUGGCCCCGCCUAUUUACAACAGCAGCCUAUCACAUGACUCGCAACAAAAUCUUGUGCUUCCACCAGUGCAGGGUUUUCUAGGGGGAGGAGGCGGAGUGUACCAGCCCCAUGGAAUGAUGGGAAACGGAAGUUCUGGGCAUAAGAAAACAGGGAAUGUGUCCUGCUAUAACUGUGGGCUGAGUGGGCAUCGAGCACAAGACUGCAAGCAGCCAGCAAUGGACUCUGCACAGCAAGGGACGUUUCGUCUGAAAUACUCUCCGCAGUCAGACAGCCAGGACUCAGGGGACUAAAUGCUGUGUAUGAACCCGUUUGGACCUGCACCUUCCUCAGUGUGUAAAGACACUUGAUGUGAGACACCACUGAGCAACGACAUUACAGUAUCUCUUUACAGGAGGAUCCAGCGAUGGAGUUCCAUCAGCUAUGUCUUUCGAUGAAAGCUUCGUGCCAAAGAAACACUUGAUGGAUCUUUGUAAAGGGACGUUCACGGAAGAACUCACUCUUUUGUGUUCUUCCGCUCUGUUCACGCUGUUCGCCUCACUUGAGACUCGUUUGUCACUGUGGGGCAGCCAAUAGCGUAUCAGUCAACAAUUGCUGCACAUGGCAUUCUUGGAAGCAAAACGAGGAGAUUUUGCUCGCCAAAUAACGUGCAAUUACAGCCAAGUCUAUGGCUCAUGGUGUGGCUUUCAAAGUCAACCUUUGGGACUAAGACAUUGGCAGUCUUUUUUUUUUUGGAAGUUCAGAAAGGAAGGAGAAACUGACAAUUGUGUCUUUUUCCAUCUCAAGAGGUCUUUUUUUUAGCUUUUUGACUACAGGAAGUUUCUUAAACAUCACGUGUUAUUCCUGUUUGUUGUAAUCAUGGUGUAUUUGUUCAUAUCUGGGUUUUUGAAAAUGUUUGCUACUUUUGAAUUAUAUUUUUUUAUUACGUUCUCUUCGUCGUCAAGUGAAGCUCAGAUAAAAUACUCUUAUGCAGUCAAUGCACUUGAGGCCGCUGAAGUUGAGCUUUUUGAAUUCACUACAGUUAUUGAAACUGCUUCUGAACUGAGAACUGAACAAAAGAGGAAACCGUUUUCAUUAUGUCACACUACAAAGGUUAAAAAAGUGGGUUUUCCAUGUUGUUUCUCAAUUACAUCAGCAUGAAAAUUUUCCAAAGUGUUGAAAAAGGUCAGACUUGUACUAUAGGAACCAUUUAGCCCAUUCCAAUGUCAAAAAUUUCAAAGCACAUGGUGAGAUUUCUGUUUAUAAAUUACAAAGAUCUUGGUCGCUGGCUAUGCAUGUUGCCUGAUUUGCUACGUGUCGUAUGUAUUAUGUCUAGUAUUAUCGCUGGAAAGCUUUUGACCUAAAACGACAAUGCUGACGCAGCCAUUUUGUAUUCUGAGGUGAAUGUUUAAUGAAGUUUGAUUGUUGACGUUUUUGUAUAAUGUAUCACUUUGACACUUUUUAAAAUGAUUAAAACGUUUUUGGGAAUUGUUUAA